AGGUUACAAUCACCUUCCCUAGGGAUAUUGUAGGAGGAGGAGGCACCGUCGGCAGCAGCAGUGGAGGGGGGGAUGGCACCAGCGGCGGUGGCGGACGUGACGGUAGCAGCCGCGGUGGACGAAAUAGCAUCAGCAGUGCUGGAGGAGAUGGCAGCAUCAUUGCUGGAGGAGGAGGCACCGGCGGCAGGAGGAGCAGCAGCAGUGGAGGGGCAGGUGGCAGCAGCAAGAGGAGCAGCUGGAGGAGCGGCAGCAGUGGAGGUGGAGGGGGCACCACCAGUGAAGGAGGAGGAGGCACCGUCGACAGCUGCUGUGGAGGGGGGGGUGGCAGGACCAGUGGAGGAGGAGAUAGCCGCACAGGAAGAGGUGCAGCGUGGGGGCGAUGAUGAGCCGCAUGAGCGCCUCAUGCAGCAGUUCCUCACGGAGGAGCUCGAUCCGGUCAUAGCUGAUAUGACCGCGGGACAGACUUUGACGCAGACCCCGAGAGAGAGGACGAUGACUGAGUCUCCUGAUGCAGCACGCGACAUCAUGGAGCAAGAGAGUGAUCGACUUCUGGCAUCAAGUAACCCGCGUGCUCAGGCGUUCACACAGGUCUUAGAGGAGGCCAGGCUUCGAGAGACAGGGGGGAAUGGUGUGCAGGGUGGGGUGGUGGCUGGGGAAGAUGUUGCGGAGGGAGUGGCAGCAGAGGCGGAUGAUGAGGCUAUGCCGGGUGGACCAGAGGCAGCGGAUGUUGCUGUGGAGGGACGACCACAGGCGGUGGAUGAGGUUGUGCAGGCAUGACAGCGGCGAGACGAGGGGGCUAUAGACGCACGACGCGUUGUCCAGGAGACAAC